AUGAUUUGUUAUGAUUUAAAAAAGGAUAUCAUAAAAUUUUUUGAUUUCUCCCAUAAAUUAAUUUUCAGUUACAUCAUCUUACUAGUUAAGAAAGUAAGCUUAUCUUCUGUUAGUACAAGGGAAAACACUAAUAUUUUAGAUUAUUCUACAAGUUAUAAGCGCAAAACUUUUUCUGAUGAAAACGGAAAAAAUUUUAGUAAAAAGUUGAAAAACAGGGAAAGUAGUUUUUUAAUUUAUGAUUUACAUAAUUGCGAUCUAGAUUUUUCAAAUAAGCAUUCUGAUUUUAAAGAUACACGAAAUGUUAUUGUGAUAAAUGAAAAAAUAAAGCAUUUUUAA